GAGAGAGAGAUAAAUCGCCCUCUACACAACUGUUGCUCUAAUCCUUCUUGAGAGGAUAGGCUUAGUAAAACUACAGGUUGGAGACGCUGCUGCAGCCAUAUUGAACAGACAUUUUGUAAAAAAAGAUUGUUCUUUUUUUAUUUGAUGACCAUAUUCUAAUGACCAUUUAGCCUACUAAAUAUUUUUACAACUAACUUUGAAACGUAUUGUCGUCGAAGUCACUGGAUUAAUCAGUAGGCUAAUAAAUUGUAAUGGUCUAAUUUGGUAACCGUUUUCUUAGUAGUUGUAAAUGAGAAUAUAUCGCUUUUUGAUAGUUCAGAUAUUGUGACAGUGACAACACAGUUUUGAAGAUGAAGGACCGAUUGGAACAGUUGAAGGCGGUAAGCUUUGUCAUUCUGUACACUUGUUCGUGUUUUCUUGGCCUUGCUUGCUAUUAGUUUAAUAUAGAACCGUUGCUAAUCAUAUAGAAUUGUAUAAAAGGGAUGGGGGACGUAUCUGAUUUACUCAUUUGUUUUUGGGGACCUAUCUGAUUUACUCAUUUGUUUUCAGGCACUAGAUGCGGUUGGUCCACAACAUUCGAUCAGCUGUUUGAUCCCAUUUUCAGGCCUAGAAAAGCGGAAAUAGAAAUAGCCUAGUUGAACACUGGGAUAAUAAACAUUAGAGCAUGAAGUUAUUCUAGGAAGUAGGUAGGCUUAAUUGGGGUGUGAUGAUAUUUAGGCUGUACACUUGUUUAUUGGUGGUGCGUUACAAAUGGAGGAGGAUGGAUACAGAGAGAGGAACAAAAGGGUUGAUUUAAGGAAAGAUUACAAAUGUUUUCUCCUAAUUUCCUGCACCUCUUCCAAGGUCUCAAGGUCAUCCAUGUAGGCCUUAUUGUGUCUGGUAAAAAAAUGAACGUUAUAGUGGAUUCAAAAACACAUUGUUUCAGUGAUGGAAGAACCGCUAAAAAACCUGUGAGUGUGAUUAUCUAACCACAAACUCACCACCACAACAACUCUGGCUGUCUGUGUGUGUGUGUGUCAACAGAAAAGUGAUGUGCCUGGGGACGAUGUGGAGAUUCCAGUGGAGAACCAAGCCUUUAUGGAUGACUUCUUCGCCCAGGUAUUUCUGACCAUACUCCUGAUGUGUGUGUGGGUUUGUGUGUGUGGGCGCGUUCACCAUACUGUGUGUGUGUGUGUGUGUGUGUGUUUGUGUUUGUGUGUUUGUUUGUGUGUGUGUGUGUGUGUUUGUGUGCAUGUAUGUUCACCAGUGUGUCAUCAUUGCCUGUCUCUGUCUCAGAUUGAGGAGAUUCGCAGCAGCAUUGAUAAGAUAGAUGAGAGUGUGGCGCAAGCAAAGAAGCUGUACUCUACCAUCCUCUCCGCCCCUACAUCAGAUCAGAGUAAACAUCAGCAUUCAAUCCCUCUCUCUCUCUGUCCCCCUCUCUCUCCUUCACUCUCUCUCUCUCUUCAUCUCUUUGUUAUCUCACCCCACUUUCUUUCCCUUUCUUUCCAUUCCAUAUUUUUCAUCGUUUGUGGCUUGUUGAUACUUCUAUGUUACAACCACUCUUUUUUGUCUUUCACUGUGCUCACCAGAGAUUCAAGAUGAUUUGGAGGCAGUCACCAACGACAUCAAGAAAGCAGCCGGCACCGCUCGCAACAAACUCAAGAGUCGGUCCUUCCUGCCCCUAUAAAUAUUAGACGCACCAUAUCUUACCCAUAGUCUUUCUGACAACCAACCGUAUUCUGACGACCAACACAAUUAUCAUUCAAUUGUAUAAACUUAGUUUUUGUGUCAAGAUAACGUGUUUUUGAAUGCCAUCUACUGCAAUACCGUAGUAAUUAUUUGUUGUUGUCGAUGGCCGUAGUCAUGGUAAUGGUGGCGCGUUCCAUCCCUGGCAGGUAUCGAGAAGCAACUUGAGACAAACACAGAGGAACGGUCGUCAGCAGACAUGAGGAUACGGAAGUCCCAGGUAACCCUUAAGAAACAAACUAACCUCAACCAAACCCUUAACUCUAUCGGUUUGCACGUCAAUCAUGUCCCCUUCGUUUUUUCCUGUUGGAAACCGGGGUUGGAGACUCGGGUUCCCUCCCCACUGAUUACCAUAACAACCCCUGUACCCACUUCCACCUUUUCCCAGCAUGCCAUCCUGGCCAAGAAGUUUGUGGAGGUGAUGACCAAGUACAACGAGGCUCAGACGGACUUCAGAGACAAGAGCAAAGGCCGCAUCGCCCGGCAGCUGGAGAUCAGUGAGUCUGAUGCCUAUGAUGCUUCAUAACCAUGCCAUAACCAUGCCAUAACCAUGCCAUAACCAUGUCAUAACCAGUCAUAGAGACAAGAUACCUGGUAUAACUGCGGCCAGGGUUCAAUUGUCAGGAAAAAAUCCAGGCCCAAGUUGCAUUAAGUCGUAGACAGGAGUGCAUGUUUCAACCUAUCACAGAUAGACUCAAGCUAAUACAGUGCUCUUUACCAGUUCAAAUACUUAGAAAAUCCUUUCAAAUACUUUGAACGUUUGCUUGAAUCUGCCUGGAGUUGGGCAGGGUUUGCAGUUUUGGGACUUUUCUUUUCUGGUGUAUUAAGCCAGGCAAGCACAAAUAGACACAGAUAAAGUAUUUGAAAUAUUUAAGUAUUUGAAACCCAGAUCUGCUGUUGACGGAAUGUAUUAGUAUAUUCUGUGCCAGCAUUAAGGGCCUGUUAUUAAAACCCUUUCAUACAUGUUAUUAACCCUUUUCUGUGAACUCUCCACUCCACAGCGGGAAAAGUAACGACCGACGAGGAGCUGGAGGAGAUGUUGGAAGGAGGAAACGCAGCCGUCUUCUCCGCAGGGGUAAUUCUGUGUGUGUGUGUGUGCGUAUGUGUGCAUGUGUACAAGCGAGAAUGGCUUGUGAGUGUGUGUAUGUGCAUGCUUGCGAGUGUGGGAGUUAAACCAUUGUGUAUAUCCUUUCCUAGUGUGGGUGUUAAACCGUUGUGUAUAUCCUCUCCUAUAUGGGUGUUAAACCGUUGUGUAUACCCUCUCCUAGUGUGGGUGUUAAACCGUUGUGUAUAUCCUCUCCUAGUGUGGGUGUUAAACCGUUGUGUAUAUCUUCUCCUAGUGUGGGUGUUAAACCGUUGUGUAUAUCCUCUCCUAGUGUGGGUGUUAAACCGUUGUGUAUAUCUUCUCCUAGUGUGGGUGUUAAACCGUUGUGUAUAUCCUCUCCUAGUGUGGGUGUUAAACUGUUGUAUAUAUCCUCUCCUAGUGUGGGUGUUAAACCGUUGUGUAUAUCCUCUCCUAGUGUGGGUGUUAAACCGUUGUGUAUAUCCUCUCCUAUGUGUUUUGUAGAUCAUGGAGUCGGGCAUAUCGAAGCAGGCAUUGAAUGAGAUCGAGGCACGGCACAAAGACAUUGUGAGGCUGGAGAGCAGCAUCAAAGAGCUUCAUGACAUGUUUGUGGACAUUGCUAUGCUGGUGGAGAACCAGGUAACCCUUCACACCUUUAAGGCUGUAUCCCAAAUGGAACCCUAUUCCCUACAUAGUGCACUGCUUUUGACCGCUGUUUGUGUGUGCUUCACCCAACACUCCGCUCCGCCCACCCCCUUCAAAGGGCAGUAUGAUUGACAAGAUUGAGAACAACAUGGACCAAUCGGUGGGCUUCGUAGAGCGGGCGGUUGCCGACACCAAGAAAGCAGCCAAAUUUCAGCAGGAGGCCCGUAGGGUGAGUGGGGCUGAAACCAUAGAAUUAGGAUGAGUAGAAUGGCCGUCCCCAUUCAGGUCAAUGAUGCCAUAAUAGGGGAUUCUAUUUCUACGGCUGAAACGUCCUGUUUAUAGGUCCACUCCAGACCCUAGACCUAUUACCUAUCACCUUUGUUCAUACAGGAGAAGGGAUACAUUGGCUUCGUCCCAAAUGGCACCCUAUUACCUUCAUAGUGCGUUACUUUUGAAAGUACUGCACUAUACAGGGAAAAGGGUGCCAUUUGGGACACACAGUAAAUAUACUGUCUUGCUACAGGGGGUUCAGCAUUCUCACUGAUGCAAAGAAUCUCUUAAAACUUCAGAACCUACAAUGGCACAUUUAGUGUCUAAAUAUUUAUCUUGGGUUAUGUUUUCUCUAUGCUCAGGUCAAUUUCCCUUUCAUUUUUCUCAUUUUUUUCUUGUUCUCUUUCUUCUCUCCCUUCCCUUCUUUGUUUCCUUAUAUUUCUUCCUCCUCCACUUCCUCCUCUGUGUCCUUUUCCUCUCUCGCAUCCUCUGUCUUUCUUUGCCUCUUUCUUUCUGUCUUCCGCCCUUUAGAAGCAGAUGAUGAUCAUGUGUUGCUGUAUCAUUCUCUGUGUCAUCGGCGGGUCCUUCCUCUACAGCUUUAUCAAAUAG